AUGUUUAUUCCUAAUGCUAUGUCUUUUCUAAUCUGUAAAAUAGUUGUAGUUUCAACUACAAAUUAAUCUACUAUAAACUCUAUUGGCUCUAUAUUCUAAUUAUUAUAUAANAGGAAUGCUUAAUCAUCUAAAGUAACAAAAUUACUUGAUUUAAGUAAUGAUAUAGUGACUAGUGUAGGAUGGUCAUUAAGAGGUCCAUUUUUAGGAGUUGGAACAAAUAAUGGAGAAGUAUAAAUAUGGGAUGCAUGUAAAUUAUAAAAAGUAAGAACUUAUAAAAGUCAUGUUGCAAGAGUAGGUACUCUAUGUUUUGCUGAAAGUAUGUUAAGUAGUGGCUCAAGAGAUAAAUCAAUAUUAUAAAGAGAUUUAAGAUAAAAGGAGGAUUACUUUUUUAAAUAGACUGCUCAUAAAUAAGAAGUUUGUGGAUUAAAAUGGUCACCAGACAGUUAAUUAUUAGCUUCAGGAGGAAAUGAUAAUAAACUUUAUAUUUGGAGUGCAUCAUAACAUGACAAACCUAUAUUUAAAUUUACAGAACAUUAAGCAGCUGUUAAAGCUAUAGCUUGGAGUCCUCAUCAACAUGGAUUAUUAGCAAGUGGAGGUGGAACUGCAGAUAAAACUAUUAGAUUUUGGAAUGCUUUAGAAGGAAAAUUAUUAUUAAAAGAAGACACUGGAAGUUAAGUGUGUAAUUUGAUGUUUAGUAAAAUGGAUAAUGAAUUAAUUUCUACUCAUGGUUACAGUUAACAUUAGAUUAUACUUUGGAAAUGUAAUGGAAUGAAAAGAAUUGCUACUUUGGUUGGGCACACUAGUCGGUAAUUAUCUUAUUAAAUUUUUAGAGUUCUAUAUUUAGCAAUGUCUCCUGAUGGCUAUACCAUUGUAACUGGAGCGGGAGAUGAAACAUUAAGAUUUUGGAACAUCUAUCCUUAAUGUCUUAGUGAAUCAUAAAAUAAUAAAUGCGCAUUGGUUCCAUAAAAUAUCAGUAUACGUUGA